CAUUUCGUCGUCGGAGUGGUGGUGCAUAGCUCGACAGCUGAUCACACUGGUGCGUUGUCGGGGAUCUCGGCGUUCUCCCUCGCUUCAGUCGCAAUAUAUGUUGUGGUUCUGCUUGGUGCGUUCGGUCAGAUCGGUCCGGGGAUCAUCUGGUGCGUGCACGCGUCCGCGAUCGAUCGUCUCUGGAACGACACUCGAAACGACUCCGGAACGAAUAAAGUUUUAUAGUUGGUAGUGGUACAUCACAGUAACCAGGCGAAUAAAGUCGAUACGUGGAGUGGAAUCGUGUGGAAUACCCGUGACAUAUCCUUGGUUUAGUGCGAAGACUAGUGUGAUCACUUCGUGAUCGCUUUGUACCUGGAACACAUCUUCGUUUCGAGUUUGACAGAUCGAAGAAUUUGACAGAUCGAAGAUGCAGAGCGUCAUCGCCGUGGUAUGAAUUCGGACGUCGCUAUCCACGUAGCUGAGCCCACUUUCGUCCGAGGCACGACUGGAUGAUGGCUGAUCUAAAGAAUCUUACUCUGAGCAGUGGCGGUGCCUCCAGAUACAGCGGCGAUGAACAGGUGCAAUUUAUCCCAGGUGGAAGUAAUCAAGUGACAAUCAGAUCACCCCCUCCCUCCCUCCAUCUGGAAAAUCUCAAUAAUGCGGUCCAUGGCGGCUCGCAGAACAAUCUCCACUGCAGUUGCAACGGCACCACGUCGAAUGGGGCUGCAACUGCGGUAUGUACCGGUGGUGUUCUGGCCAGGAAAGUGCCGAACCAUAGCGGCGCCAGUCCCGGGCAAGGCAAUAAAAGGCCGGCGGUGUCGCUGACGCAUCUCCCGAAGAGGCCGCCGGUCGACGUGGAGUUCAAGAACCUGGCCUAUAGCGUGUCCGAAGGCAGAAAGAGGGGAUAUAAAACUAUUCUGAAAUGCGUAAACGGAAAAUUCAGAUCUGGAGAAUUAACAGCCAUUAUGGGACCUUCCGGCGCUGGAAAGAGCACGCUUAUGAAUGUUUUAGCAGGUUACAAAACGUCCCAUUUGAAUGGCUCAGUACUGAUAAACGGAAAGGACAGGAAUCUCAGAAGAUUUCGAAAGAUGUCGUGCUAUAUUAUGCAGGACGAUCGACUUUUGCCGCAUCUGACUGUUUACGAAGCAAUGACUGUUUCAGCAAAUCUGAAAUUAGGGAAGGAUAUCAGCGCGACUGCCAAGAAAGUAGUGAUUGAGGAGAUUAUUGAGACACUUGGCCUACGCGAAGCCAGCAAUACGCAAACCCAGAAUCUCAGUGGAGGGCAGAGGAAGAGGCUGUCGAUAGCGCUGGAGCUUGUCAACAAUCCUCCGGUUAUGUUUUUCGACGAGCCAACUUCCGGCUUAGAUAGUUCCGCUUGUUUCCAAUGCCUCAGUUUGCUCAAAUCUUUAAGUAGGGGAGGAAGAACGAUUAUAUGCACGAUCCAUCAACCAAGUGCGCGAUUGUUCGAGAUGUUCGAUCAUCUGUACCUGCUUGCCGAAGGCCAGUGUAUAUAUCAGGGCAACGUCGGUGGCCUAGUGCCCUUCUUGUCAUCGAUGGGUCUCGAUUGUCCAAGUUAUCACAAUCCAGCGGAUUACGUGAUGGAAGUCGCUUGCGGGGAGCACGGCGAGUGCGUUCACAAGCUCGUGAUGGCUGUGAAUAAUGGCAAAUGCAAUAAUUAUCAGCAUCAUCAAGCAGCCAUUUCCGCGGCGCAAACGGUUUCAAACGACAUCGCCAAAGAAUCGCCACAAGAGCAGACGAAAUCGGAAGGCGCUGCUCUGAUACCGAAUGGUGUGGCAAAGCCGCCAACUGGCACGACGAUGAUAAAUAUGCCGGUUUCUUGCACAACGUCAUUGCUGGAUAGCGUGGAAAGUAUAGAGCAAAAGGUUGGCUUUCCGACGAAUGGUUGGGUGCAAUUUUGGAUAUUGCUCAAGAGGACUUUUCUAUCGCAAAUGCGAGAUAUGACGCUAACAAGGGUAAGAUUGAUUUCGCAUAUAAUCGUCGGCUUUCUGAUCGGAGCGAUUUAUUAUGACAUCGGUAACGAAGCCUCCGAAGUUAUGAGUAAUGCCGGAUGCGUCUUUUUUACGGUGAUGUUUUUAAUGUUCACUGCGAUGAUGCCUACUAUAUUAACAUUUCCGAUGGAAAUGUCCGUAUUCGUGCGAGAGCAUUUAAAUUACUGGUACUCGGUGAAAGCCUUUUACUUCGCAAGAACUUUGGCGGAUUUGCCGUUCCAAAUGGUAUACUCUAUAGCCUAUGUGAUGAUCGUAUACUUUAUCACGUCGCAACCAUUGGAAACGGAGCGUUUUCUUAUGUAUUUAAAUAUAUGUAUACUGACAUCAUUAGUUGCACAAUCUAUCGGUCUGCUAAUAGGAGCAGCAAUGAGCGUGGAGACUGGGGUAUUUAUCGGACCCGUAAUGUCGGUUCCAAUCGUCCUAUUCUCCGGCUUCUUCAUUAAUUUCAACGCCAUUCCAAAAUAUUUGAAGUUCCUCUCGUACGUGAGUUACGUGAGGUACGGUUUCGAAGGUGCCAUGAUCUCCGUGUACGGUUACAAUCGAGCGAAGCUCAAGUGUUCCGAGUACUACUGCCACUUUAAGAGUCCGACAAAGUUCCUCGAACAAAUGUCCAUGGAGAACGCGGUCUACUGGGUGGACGUUGUUGCCCUGGUCGGCUUCCUGCUCGGUCUCAGAGUGGUCGUUUACUUUGUGCUGAGACUCAAGCUGCGAUCCCUUCGUUAAAUUUUUUGACUGGUAGUCCAGGACAGACAAUAAUCACGACGCUGCGGCCGUCGUUGCAGCGGGACUGUGACCUGGAUCUCAACGAAGAUUACAUUUUUUUUUAAACGUGUAAGACGAAUGACAAAAGAGACGAUCGCGCACAAAGGACAAUUCGAUCUCGAGAUCGACAAGAAUAGAAUUGUCGCAUUGAGCGGCAAAGAUCGUCGCAUGAAAGGAAUAUUGACGAAGAGAAUACACACGCUUUUGAAUAGAGAUAUGAGGGAACAAGGUAAAUCAAGGUCGUCUUUGAUUAAAUCGUUUGACAUACGAACUUUUUGAUAUGAUAAUUUAAGUCGUUAAAUACCGCAAGAUACUUAAUUUUAUGUUUGUCUUUAUAAAAGUAUAAUAUUUUUUAUUGAUUCCAUUCAUACACACACAUGAUAUGUGUGCAGAAUAUUAAUGCUUCGAAGAAUGUUUAAUUAUUAUUAAUCGUAAUGAUUAUGGCUUAUGUUACCAAACUGAAUCUGAUCUCUGCCGUUGGCAAAAGAAAACAGUUUAUCGUAUUUUCUUUGUCCAAGUAAGAAAUAGUUAUCGCGACCAGAAUUCAAAUUUGAUUAAAAACGGAUCACAAUCUAAAUCGUCUAUAUAAGUAGACGUUUAAAUAAAUAGUACAGACAGGAGUUAGACUACUUUCAAUCGUGUAUUAACAACGUGUAGGUCGAUCUGCGACGCCAAAUACAUUGGCUUUCCGGUAUUAAAUUAAAAUCGCAAACGCGUUUAUAGCCAAUUACAUACUAUGAACUCGCCAGGAGCCUUAGGCCCAUUCAAGACUCGUGUCCCUCCAACGAGCGCGUUUAAACGCGAACACGACAAAAUAGAGGUUUCUAUAGAUAAGCAGAGUAGAACACAAGGAUCGUUAAAACGAGUCUUUUAUGAUAUUCCCAUGUUAAAUUAUACAUAGUUUGCUAUACUUAUUUCGACCGGUUAUCUCGGAGAUAAAUAAAUUGCGUACUUACGAUCGUAAUAAUGUCCUCGGACAGACGAAUAGAGGAAAAUUGCGAAACUCGAAAGCACACUUGUUCGCGAGUAACAUUUUCGUAUUAACGAUAGAAAGUGCUUAUUCGAUACGUCUCACAUAAUCACACACUCGAUCUUUCUUCAUAUCGUAAUUUCAUCAAGAGUUUACCUAAUAAAUUAUACAGUAAUUAUAAGGAAAUAAGGGAAAAAAGAAAAGGGAAGAAAUAUGUUUAUUGUAAAAAAGCUCACACAUGACCAAUCACUAGCUGCCUGAGCGUUGCUUCUAAGUGCGAGUGCUAAAUAUUGUUACACUUAUACUAUAUAGUAUAUAUGACUAUUGGGAGGACAUUGUGUAUGUAUAGCUGUAUAAAACGAAAAACAAAAGAUAGGUAGUAUUCCGUGCAUUAAUGAUAUGUAAUUAACUCAUACUUAUGUUUUAUAAUAUUGUAUGAUUCUUUUUCACGGCCUAUAUACACAAUUACAUUCUGCACAUUCAUUUAUCCGACGAUUGACGAAAGGACAGAGAUUAAAAUUGUAUUAUAGAUACUUUCAAUUUAAUUUAUACACGAUCAAGACUCGCUGCAAAUGUUAUUAAGACCAACUAAUAUGAUCAUGAUAUCAAGAAAAAGUUAUAAACUUAUAAGGAGCAAAGCAAUUUAUGCAUCGGUUUUGUAGACAAUAUAAAUGUAAUUUUAUUUAUAUUGAAGCAUAUUUUAUUUCUAUCUAAGAGAUUGAGUUAAAACAUAUUUUAGUUAUGGUAUUUCUCUUAUGCUAUACAUAUAAUAGCGAGAUAGGUGUAACUUUAACAAUAAAAAUAUGUUCUAGUUUUUGUCUGCAUUAAUGAGUGAAUAGUGAUAAUGACAAAAUGACAAGGCAAUAUAUAGAAUCUAUCACGUGAAAAUUAUUUUAUACAUCAUAUUAUUUCGUAGAACUUAUAAUUUCUUACAUUAUAUCUCAUUAUAUUAGUUUACUUAUCAAUCUCUCUUGCAAUGUUUUUUAUUAUAAUUAUAUAUGAUAUUCGUUGAUAAUAAAUAUAUUUUUUUAGCCAAA